AUGGGGAGGAAUUCCCUUUUGUUGUUGCUUGCCCUGUUGGUGGCAUUCUGUGCACUUUCUGCCACCACCGUUGGCGGCGGUUAUGUUGACCAGUAUGAAGGUGGUGGCGGCGGCGGCGGUGAUAUGGAACCGGAGGAAGGAGGAGGAGGAGAAGAAGGAGGAGAUUCUCCGAGGGGAAAUUCCAAGUUCUUGCUGCAAGAUUCUACCAGGGUGGUGAGGACUGAUGCAGGGGAAAUGAAGGUGUUGAGGGGCGGCGUUCAUCGAUUCUGGCGGAAUCCGAUGCAUAUCGGAUUGAUCACUAUGGAACCCAACAGUUUGUUCAUCCCUCAGUACCUUGAUUCCAGUCUCAUUCUCUUCAUCCGCAGAGGGGAGGCAAGAAUUGGGCAUAUCCAGAGCGAUGAGUUGGUUGAAAGGACAUUGAAGACUGGUGAUGUGUAUAGAAUUGCAUCUGGCUCGGCUUUUUACCUUGUUAACAAUGCUGAAGGUCAAAGGCUUCAUGUGAUCUGCAGCAUUGACACUUCUGAUAAUUACGGAUGGCAAUGGAAUAGGCAGGGCUUCCAGUCUUUCUUCGUUGGUGGUGGACUGAAUCCUACAUCUGUACUUUCUGGGUUUGAUCACAUGACAUUGUCUACUGCAUUUAAUGUCUCAACUAAUGAGCUGAGGGAGAUUUUCACCAGUCAACAUCAAGGCCCGAUUGUUCAUUUAUCCGGUUCUCGCGCACCGGGGGUUUGGGCAAAAUUCCUGGAACUGAAAGAACACCAGAGAUUAGCCCAACUGAAGAGAAUUGUGCAUCUUGAGGAAGACUCAAAGCAAGAUGAUGAUGAAGAAGAAGAGAAACAACCAACUUGGUCAAUCAGGAAGUUCUUGAAAUCCAUCAUUGGAGAUGAAAACCGGGACCGUGGUGACAAGAGAGGCAAAGGUCCUGAUGCUUACAAUAUCUAUGACAUGAAACCCGACUUCAGUAACAACUAUGGAUGGACUAAAGCCGUUUCUGAGCAUGAUUACUCUCCUCUCCGCCAUUCUGACAUUGGCAUUUUCCUCGUCAAUCUUACCGCGGGAUCAAUGCUGGCUCCUCAUAUCAAUCCAAGAGCAACAGAAUAUGGUGUGGUCUUAAGUGGAAGUGGUACCAUUCAGAUAGUUUAUCCUAAUGGAACACUGGCCAUGAAUGCUAGAGUCAGCGAAGGAGAUGCAUUUUGGAUCCCAAGAUAUUUCCCCUUCUGCCAAAUUGCAUCAAGAACCGGCUCUUUCGAGUUCUUUGGCUUCUCGACAUCCGCGAGAAACAACAGGCCACAGUUCCUUGUUGGAGCAAAUUCCCUGUUGCAGAACAUGGCUGGACCCGAAUUUGCAGCUGCAUUUGGAGUGAAUGAGGACAGGCUGCGAAAGAUAGUCGAUGCUCAGCGCGAGUCGACUAUAUUGCCUUCUGCAAGCGUCGCGCCGCCCGACAACAAGUUGGAAAAGGCUAAGAGGGUGUUGGAUAAUGUGAUCAGGAGCUAUGGCAAUGAUAUGAUCAUGGGAUUUGAUUAG